AUGGCUUCUUCAUCAAAACCCGGAAGGAUUUACGAUGUUUUCUUGAGCUUUAGAGGCACAGAUUUGCGUAACAACUUCCUCGGUCAUUUGUACAAAGCUUUAGACAAGAGUGGAGUAUACACUUUCCUUGAUAGCGAGGAACUAAGGAAAGGAGACGAAAUAUCGCCGGUGCUUAUGAAGGCCAUCGAGCAAUCGUGUAUCGCAAUUAUCGUUUUUUCGGAGGAUUACACUUCAUCACAAUGGUGCUUGGAAGAGGUGGCGAAGAUUAUGGAGUGCAAGGAGCAAACAGAUCUUACCGUUCUACCAGUGUUUUAUAAAGUGGACCCAAGAGAAGUGAGAGGGGGGAGACAAAGUUAUGGGAAAGCUUUAUCUAAGCAUGAAUCCAAGUUCGGGAAGGAUUCGGAGAAAGUGAAGAGAUGGAAGAAAGCUCUUUUUUCCGCCGGUAGCUUGUCCGGUUGGCCUUUGAGUGAUGGAGAUGAAUCGGAGCUUAUACAAAGAAUUGUGAAGGAAAUCUCCACACACCUAGACCGAUCACCUUUGCAUGUUGUUAAGCAUCCGGUUGGGAUAGAUUCCUGAGUGGUUAAGCUGCAA